GCCGGCGGCGCGGAAGGAGGCCGAGGCGCGGGCGGGCGACGUUCGUCCCGCGGCCCCACGGAGGGUCUCUGGCUGAGGGAAUAUGUCGCUGCCUAAGAAGAGAAAGACGGAGUCGGCGGACGGCGGCGGCGGAGAGGGUAGCGGGGGCGGCGAAGAAGAGGAUGGCGGAGAGCGUGAGCCGGGCGGGCCGGAGGAGGCCCGGGAGAGCGAGCAAGGCGCGCGAGACCGCCUGUACUACGAAUGCUACUCGGACGUGUCCGUGCACGAGGAGAUGAUCGCCGACCGCGUCCGCACGGACGCCUACCGCUUGGGCAUCCUGCGCAACUGGGCGUCGCUGCGGGGCAAGACAGUGCUGGACGUGGGCGCGGGCACCGGCAUCCUGAGCGUGUUCUGCGCCCAGGCCGGCGCGCGGCGCGUGUACGCCGUGGAGGCCAGCGACAUCUGGCAGCAGGCCCGCGAGGUGGUGCGGCUCAACGGGCUGGAGGACCGCGUGCACGUGCUGCCGGGCCCCGUGGAGACUGUGGAGCUGCCCGAGCGCGUGGACGCUAUCGUCAGCGAGUGGAUGGGCUACGGGCUGCUGCACGAGUCCAUGCUGGCGUCCGUGCUGCACGCGCGCGCCAAGUGGCUUAAAGAGGGCGGCCUCCUGCUGCCGGCCUCGGCUGAGCUCUUCUUAGCGCCCAUAAACGACCGGACCCUGGAGUGGCGCCUGGGCUUUUGGGGGGAGGUGAAGCAGCGCUACGGCGUGGAUAUGAGCUGCCUGGAGGGCUUCGCCACCCGCUGCCUCAUGGGCCACUCGGAGAUCGUGGUGCAGGGGCUGACAGGCGAGGAGGUCCUGGCCCGGCCGCAGCGCUUCGCCCAGCUGCAGCUGGACCGCGACGGCUUGCAGCAGGAGCUGCAGGCCGGUGUGGGCGGCCGCUUCAGCUGCCGCUGCUACGGCUCAGCCCCCAUGCACGGCUUCGCGCUCUGGUUCCAGGUCACCUUCCCCGGCGGCGAUGGCGAGAAGCCCCUGGUGCUGUCCACGUCGCCUUUCCACCCGGAGACCCACUGGAAGCAGGCGCUCCUCUACCUGGACGAGCCGCUGCAGGUGGAGCAGGACACGGACAUUUCCGGAGAAAUCACACUCUCGCCUUCUCGGGACAACCCCCGCCACCUGCGGGUCCUGCUCCGCUAUAAAGUCGGGGACGAGGAAGAGAAGACCAAGGACUUUCGCAUGGGGGAUUGAUCUUGGACAACAAACCUCCCCCUUCCUGACUUGCCUUGGGUGGAGUGGGAGAGGGAUUGGGAGACUCCGUGGGAAGGGAGGCACGGGGACAAAACUGAGAUUUCCGACUGCCUUUUGCCGCCUUUGGGAGAGAGAGGAGUGGAGAUUGCUGUGGCCUCAGUCUUCUCUAGAGGAGACUUAACUUUCUGGUGAUUUUAACGCUAUUUUUAAAAAAAGUGCUUACUAACGAAUUUUUAAACCUCAGAUGCAUGUAGCACAGAGCACUUUUUUUGUCCUUCGUUCGCCUGGGGAGGGGGGGCGGUUUGGAGAGGGAGGAAGAGGAGAAGUUGCAGAAAGGUCCUCUCCUCUUCUUUUUAGGCUGGGCAAGUCUCUUUCCAGUUAAACCUUCGGAAUUUCCAUUCUGACUUCGAUAUCUCUCCAGUGCCAUAUUUUUUCGAUCUGGGAACUCUUUCCCCCUCCCAAUGGCCUUCCCCCUCUUCCC